AUGUCAAGCCUUGACUACAAUGAGAACCUUGCUCUUCCUAUGCCUAAGCCACGACAUCCAAAGGGCAGCUUCCCAGAGAGCCCAUCCUCUGUUGAAGGGGAAAUCACAAAGUACAGUGAGCAGAAAAAACGUGUGGCUACUGAUCCAGUCAUUUCUGUGGAUAUCACUGCAUCCGAGAGUGGUAGUUCUCAUGAUGCCGAGGACAACAAGAAGAUAUCUCGACUUGAUAUGAUAAAGUCAAAGCUCAGUUUCAAAGACCUGCGCAAGGAAAGCGCCAGACAGGAGUUUCAUAUGAUUCCUGUUCCUCAAGGCCGUCGAGCAUUUACCGGCAGCGCGAUUCCCACCCCGGCUUCCAGUUUGCCAGCAUCCCGGGUGAGAGAGAAGACAAACUCAGCUAGUGGCCGCAAAAUAUCUUCUCCUGCCCUAAUUUCCUCUGCCACGAUGACACAGAUGCAGCAAUCUAAUACGAAGAUUCCUCUGCCACCAUCUGGGACUUUUUCCCAUUCCCUAAGUUCGUUGAUCCCGAGUCGUCGAACCAGCACAAUCGAAAAGCAGGCCUCGGUAACGACGUCAUAUAUUCGAAAGAUGCAAAGAAAAUUGGAUUCAACAAAUGAUUCUUCAGCUCCAGAUGUCAAUGAAAAAGUUAGACGGGGUGGCCCUUCAUCCCGUGCCUCUAUUGAGACGCCAUCCAGCAAGCCAUUGCCUGCAAAGCCAUCUUCAGGACCAAGACAUACUGUCACCAAAGACUCAUCUCCUUCACCCGUUCGUUAUCUCGGCGACGGUCAAGCUCCAGUCAAGCCUUUUGAUGAGCUGAGUGCGCCUCGCAAUUUAUCUGGAGGCAAAUUCAAAACACCUUCACCUACUGCUUAUUCCAAGAGCGAGACGCCAGUGAGCCCAAUGACAGAACAUCUACCGUCUCUGAUGGAACGUGUCAACAAAGAGAACAUGCCACAUGAUAAGGACAUGCAUUCUGAAGUCAGCACGGCUGCUCAACUUGAUGACAUGGUGAAUUUGGUACGCUCUAUCCAGCGCCAGCUAGACACUAGCAUGAUCUCCAUGAGCCGGAAAAUCGAAGAUCUUUCCACAUGGGUCGGUGAUCAACUCAAGAAUCAAAUCGAGAGUAACUCGGACCCUAGCCGUGCCAAUUCGGAUCUAUUCUCGAAGCAAUAUCAGCUCUCUCGUGAGAUGAUGAAAUUUCAAUUGGAUAUUCGACUGGAUAUCGGGACCAUGGAGCGGAAAAUGUGUCUCCUCGAGAACCAGGUCUUAGAUGACUUACAGAAAGAAAUUCGAUCUCUAGCCCGAUCAUACGAAGACUUGAACCAGAAAACAGAGAUGAUCAUGGAGAAGUAUUCGUUUACUGAUACCGAGAGAUUCAUCGACCAACAGCUGCAGAGAAACUUUGAAAUCGAGAAGGAACUUUCGUAUUUGAAGGCACGCCAGGAGAACUUCAUCUCGCAUGAAAUUGCUCCCUUUGCUGCUGAGCCAAGAAUACCUUCUCGUCGAAGUCUCUCCAGCCGCGAAAGUAGUGAGCCCCUAAUCAAACAAAAUAUGAUUGUUCGAAAUCCCAGGCCAUCACCCGAGGCUACGAAUGUCAUUUACGACCAUAAUCGAAUGAUUGCCAUGCCAGACCACCAGCCCCUCAGUGCAUUCCCUCGCAGUGUUUCUCUCACCAAGAAGGGUAUUUUGAAGGGUAUCAAAGAUAUGACCUCCACUCCCUUGGAGCCUCCCAAGGAGAAACCUCUAUCCAAGACCAGCAGUAACGACGAUACCAAAAGAUGGAAUGUGUUUGGUUUGCGAAAGAAACGAGAGCUCACUGAUGCUGUCAGUAAGUUUAAUUGGUCUCCUCGCGCACGGCGUAUCAAGGAUCCUGUGAUUCCCGAAGAUACCAACAGCACGUGCUCACGUUCUAUAACGCCUCCGAUUCCAUUCGUUCCAAGAAGUAUUCCAUCUCCUGCUGAGCAGAUCGAACGGAGCCCCACUCCAUUCCCAGCAAGCACGGUUCACCCGGCACUUCGAGAAUCGCCAGAGACUUGUGCUGAUCAGUCAGUCACAACCUCUUAUGAAACCGCUCCGGAGGCAGAUCGGGCCUCGAAGUUUGGGGCUAGCUUGGAGAAGAAGAUAUCCGAUGAAUCUGCUGAUACAUUUGCCAAGAUGAAUGACUCGGCAUCGAGUUCACCGAUUGACCGUCCUGACUCCACCCGGAAUCUUACACCUGUAUCUGAGGGGCGUCUAUCUGUUCCAGAUGAUGUCUCUACUGGAGCAAUUCUUCACCGCACUAGUGAGGAAAAUAAGGACCAGUCAGCUCUUACUGAUCAUGAGCAGGACUGGGAUCAUGUUUCUGUCCAUGAGACAAGUUCACCCGUUUGA